UCUUCCAUUGAAGACAGGUUUGGUUAAAAGAACAGAAUGCUCUGGAUGUAUUUCAAAGUAGAUGCAUUUUUCCUCCUCCUUUAAGAAACAGCACAGGAUGUUUUACUUCCUCAUUAUUCCCUCAGAGAACCUGGUUGGGAUUCUGGAGUAAAAGUUAUAAAAACGUGAGGACCCUCCUAAUACUGAAACCUCCUCCAAACCCUGCCCCCCUGACCUCGUGUUUAUCUUGCAAGGCUGUCCAGUAAUUUGGCAAACACAGCUGGAGUGAUUGUACCAGGACUGCCUGCCUCAGUGGACUUCUACUCCAGAGCUUCCUUUAUAAAUUUGUAUGGAAUGAUUACAAUCUCCUUGUGAGAAAAAAAUGGAUAAAUGGAAACCUCUAUUAAAUAGAGUUGGGAGACCAGAGGGGAAGUUCUUAUGCUCCGUAACAACAGCAGAGCCAUAGAGGAAGAAGACCACUCUCUCCUUUCCUGGCAAGGACUGUUUGUGAGCCAGCUCCCUGGAUACCUUUAUUGCAGCUGUUUAUGAGCAUGCAGUCAUAUUGCCUAAUGCCACCCUCGUGCCAGUGUCUCCUGAAGAGGCCUUGGCAGUAAUGAACCGGAAUUUGGAUCUUCUGGAGGGAGCAGUGACAUCAGCAUCAAAGCAGGGUGCACAUAUCAUUGUGACCCCAGAAGAUGGCAUUUAUGGUUUUAACUUCACCAGGGAAUCUAUCUUCCCAUACUUGGAGGAUAUCCCAGACCCUCAAGUGAACUGGAUCCCUUGUAAUAAUCCUGACAGAUUUGGUCGCACCCCAGUGCAACAAAGACUCAGCUGUCUGGCCAAGGACAACUCCAUCUACAUUGUGGCAAAUAUCGGGGACAAGAAGUCAUGCAAUGCCAGCGACCCUCAGUGUCCCCCUGACGGUCGUUACCAAUACAACACUGAUGUGGUGUUUGAUUCUAAGGGAAAACUGGUGGCACGCUACCAUAAGCAAAAUCUUUUCUUGAAUGAAGAUCAAUUCAACGCACCCAAGGAACCCGAGGUCGUGACUUUCAACACCACCUUUGGAAAGUUUGGCAUUUUCACGUGCUUUGAUAUUCUCUUCCACGAUCCUGCUGUGACUCUGGUGAGAGAUUCCCGUGUGGACACCAUACUCUUCCCAACAGCUUGGAUGAAUGUUUUGCCACAUUUGUCAGCUAUUGAAUUCCAUUCAGCUUGGGCUAUGGGCAUGAAAGUCAACUUCCUAGCAUCCAAUCUACAUUACCCCUUGAAGAAAAUGACAGGGAGUGGCAUCUAUGCACCUGAUUCUCCACGAGCAUUUCAUUAUGAUAUGAAGACAGAGGAGGGAAAACUCCUCCUCGCACAACUGGACUCCCACCCACACCCCACACCGGUGGUGAAUUGGACUUCCUAUGCCAGUGGUGUAGAAGCCCACUCAGUGGGAAACCAGGAAUUUACAGGCAUCAUCUUUUUUGAUGAAUUCACCUUCUUGGAGCUCAAAGAAAUUGGAGGAAAUUACACAGUUUGUCAGAGAGAUCUCUGCUGUCAUCUAAGUUAUAAGAUGUCUGAGAAAAGAUCAGAUGAAGUUUAUGCCCUGGGGGCAUUUGAUGGACUACAUACUGUUGAAGGGAGCUAUUAUUUACAGAUUUGUACUCUGCUGAAGUGUAAAACAACAGAUUUACACACUUGUGGUGACUCAGUUGAGACUGCUUCCACCAGGUUUGAAAUGUUCUCCCUCAGUGGCACGUUCGGAACCCAGUAUGUCUUCCCUGAGGUGUUGCUGAGUGAAAUUCAGCUUGCACCUGGAGAAUUUCAGGUAUCGAGUGAUGGACGCUUGUUCAGCCUGAAGCCAACAUCUGGACCUGUUUUGACAGUGACUCUCUUUGGAAGGUUAUAUGAGAAGGAUAGUGCUCCAAAUGCUUUAUCAGACCUCACGACACAAGCGCUAAGGCUCAAUCCAAAGACAGACGCAUGGAAAAGUAAAUAAGGUCUAACGUGAAACAAUGCUGAAUGGGAAGGCAGAAAGAAAAAAACAGCGGAGGAAAACCAUGAGGAUUCUUCAUAAUUUAAUAAAAAUAUGGCACUUUCAUUAAAAACUAAAAA